CGUGCGUUCGCUCGAUGGGAUGCAGUCUUCUUCAGUCGGGAAUCAGGGGAGCUCGCUUCUCACUUUUACGUUUCAAACAGACGUAUGGACAAAGCUUUUAACUCACACGUUAUAACAUAAACAAGAACUGUCUGCUUGAGUGCAUUACUUUUAAACAGCUAUAAGUGAAGUGAAAAAUGAACUAGCAAAAACAGUCGAUAGAAAUAAACUAGUGCAAAUAAUAAACAUGAAUUAUAAUGAUGAAUUAACACAAACCAACGUUUUGCAUUGGAACUACAGAGGAUUUACGGAAUUCCCUCUAAACGAGCUGAAGGGUGAGGAAUCAGAAGUGACAGAUAUAUAUUUGAAGGAGAAUCUGUUGACUCGUUUGCCAAGUAACAUCGGGGUUUUGGAGCACUUGGAAAGCCUGUACGUAAGCGGUAAUGAUAUAACGGAGUUGCCGAGAGAGAUUUCCAAGUUGCGAUGUCUCAAGUGCCUAGAUGUGAGCGGGAACAGAUUGAGGCGUAUUCCUGAUGAGAUAGGUGAAGCGAGGAGCUUAAAGUUCCUCAUAUUAGACGAGAAUGAACUAACGGAGUUGCCGCUGAGGAUCUCAGAGUUAAGACGCCUACGGUACCUAUCGGUUUGUGAUAACAAAUUGAGAUGGCUUCCCCAGCGGCCUGUUUACAACUACCACCACUGUGAGUUUCGUUUCUGGAGGAACUGCAACUUGAAGACUUUGCCAUACUCCCUGUGGUAUCACAUGUUUAGGGACCAACAAACUAGAUGUCUCAAUAUUGGGUGCCUAGAUGCUGCAACUAGUCAAAACACUAAUAACAGAAAUAAUCAGUGCAAAUUAAAACUAAGUCAAGACUCCAAUGAAAUAGAGGUCAAAAUCGAAUGCCCACCACAGCACAACGUAAUAUUAGAAUCUAAGUACUAUUCCCCGCCCAGUUUGUACGAGAUUUGUAGAAGACAGUUCUAUCAGAUGAUAAUCACAGCUGUGAAGAAGCUCAAUCCACAAACGUACAGUUUUUAUUCCGAACAUGUAACUGAGAAUCUGUACAAUGAACAUAAUAAUAACAACUUAGUUGAUCUACAAGAGAAUUUCCAUAGUAUCAACAUUGAUCCUAGAGAUGACAAAUAUUCAGAUGAGAAUGGGAACAAAUACAAAUCGGUUUCAGUAAAAGAGGCGGUUUAUAGAAAAGCUACGAAACCAUAUUACGUACCGGCUGAUGUGCUAAGGGAGCAUUUUGAUUUCUUGCCCAAUGUACUGAUAUCGGAUUUGAGCAGUGGGCCGGUUUCAACGUGUGAGAAUUUGAACUGUAAGAAGGCAAUUUUUGAUCACGUCUAUUAUGAAUUUUGUUUUGGGGAAAUAAUCCUGAUCGAUAAAAUUGAAGACGUCCUCCUAAGUGCCACGUUUUGUUCCAAAUACUGUGCUGAUUAUUGGAAAAGAAGCAAAGACGCUUUACCAUGGAGUUUAGAAAAUUGAAAAUUAUGUGAAUAAGUUUGUGUUGUAAAAGAAUGCGAUUACAAAUAAUUUGAUUUUGAAA